AUGUCGAUCUUAGCCGAAUUUCCAAAUAAUACUUUGAGUAAUGUAUCUAAUAAAUACAAUUCAAUGGCCAAUUCAGUGAAAUCAUUGUAUAAGAAAAAAGAAGGCUCUCAAAAUCUUGCUACUACUAUUAAUCGAAUACAAACACUAAUUAAAUUAGUAAAGGGACCAGGAGUUCAUCCUGUCGGCUAUAUGUCUACUGUUGGUUUUGAAUAUACAGGUAAUGGAGACACAGCUCGUUGUAAAGAUUGUGGACUUGAAGUAUCUAAUUGGACAUUAGAUAUGAAUCCAUUUACUAUUCAUUCAAAAAGUCAACCUAAUUGUCCAUUCAUACGUUCUAUAAUACCGAUUUCAUCAUUAAAUAUACUGGAACCUAACAUGUUACCAACAAAUACUAUUCAAAAUGCAUCUGUACCGACUGUAGAAGAGAAUAUUUCUACUUUUCAAAAGAAAAAAACGGUAGACUUCGGAUCAGUAUCGAAUGCUUUACUGGAAGUCGAUUCACUUCGACAAGUGCGAAUACGUACUUUUUCUCAUUGGCCACAUCGUACUGUUCCAUCAAGUACACAAAUGAUUGAGGCUGGGUUUUUUUCUUGCAAUGUUAAUGAUCGAGUAAUAUGCAUCUAUUGUAAUCUUAUUUGUCAACAAUGGAUAUCAUCGAUCGAUGAUCCAUGUGAAGUACAUAAAAAACAAUCACCUAAUUGUAUAUAUGUCAAAACAAAAUUGAUGAAUCCUAUAGUUUCAUCAAUAAUUAUUGUUAACGAAAGUUCAACAACAAAUAUUGCUUCAUCAAAUUCAAAUAAUCUCAGUUCUAUACGUACUAAUGAUAUUGUAUUUAGAGCAUCAUGUAAUCCUACUUAUUCAGAAAUACUAAAACGUCAAGCAUCAUUUGCUACGUGGCCAAAUGAAAAUUUACCACAAGUAGAUGAUUUAGUUCGAGCAGGAUUUUUCUAUACAGGUGCGGCAACCAUUGUUACUUGCUUUUAUUGUAAUGGAUCAUUACAAAAUUGGGGUUCAAAUGAUAAUCCAAUGAUUGAACAUGCUCGUUGGUUUCCGCAUUGUGCAUAUGCUAAACAAUUGUGUGGUGAAGAAUUAUAUCAUAAAAUUCAAGAAUCUAAACGAAUACAACAAAAACGUGCUAGAACUAAAGAAUUAAAAGAAGCAGGCUCAAAUGAUCUGAGAAAUAUAAAUAUAAAAGAAAAUGGUGGGAAAUUAUUAAUAUCGGAUGAAUGUACUUUAUCCAGACUGGUCGCUGCACGAUUAGACUUAUCGAUGUCACAAAAUUUAUUAGAUCGAAAUUUUAAAUUAUCUAUUAUAAAGCGAUGUUGGGAAGAUCAAUUACGAAUAAAACAUGAUGAUUUUGUAUCGGAUUGUGAUUUAUAUAUUGCUUGUUUAAUUCUUCGAAAGCAAAUCGAACAUAUUGAUGGUAAAAAAGAAAAUAUUGUUAUACCGAGCAUAAAAAUGAAGCAAAUGGGAGAACAAAAUGGUGAGUUUAUUAUAGAUAUACUUCUCAAUUUAUGUGCUCAUUGUCUAGCGAUAGGAAUGAGUGAAGAAAAAUUAACUACAGUUAAUGAAGCUCAAUCUAUAGAAAAUCGUAUAGAUGCUAAAAUGAAUAUAUCAUCGCAAUCAUUAACAAGUAAUGAUAAUGAACGUGAUGUGCAAACAAAUAAAAAAGUAACUAAUAUCAAUGAUCAAAGUACAUCGAACGAUUCUCAAUCACCGAAUCUUUGCGUUCUUUGUAUAACAGAAGAAAAAAAAUUAGCUUGUAUACCAUGCGGACAUAUGUCAACAUGUGUCGCAUGUGGUCAUUCGUUGCGUUUGUGUCCAAUAUGUCGACGAGAGAUUGACGCAUUUAUUAGAAUUUACAUUUAA